CGUUCGUGAAACGCCAUAAUCGCCAUGAGUUAAUGGGCAAGAUUGGAGCGCCGAGCACCGUGUUCAACUGCUGGAGGCCGUAUCGGACCCAGCAAGAGUGAAGAAUAUCAUGAGGACUGAUGAGGAGGCUCAGGCGAGAUGGGCCGAGACUCUGAGACACAUCGAUAGCCUUUCGGGCCUGCAGCGAGCUGUCCGAUACAAUGGGCCUUCCAGUCCCUGUGUCGCCGGCAGUAGGUCCACGUGCUGGAAGAUCUUCUUGCUCUUCCAAGAUGUUCAGCCUUCCAGCUGGUCACGGAUUCUGGCCGAGGCCAGACAAGAUUACGCCCAGCACAGUGAAUGCUUCCUGAGGUUCACUAGACACCCGGAGGAGCUGGCCAAUGUGGCUAUAGAUCCCCUAGCGGACGAUCCGGACUCUCCCUGGAAUACGUUUCGUCAAGAUGAGAUGAUCCGAGCCGAAAUCUCCCAAGAUGUCCAACGUCUGCCGGACUCACCGUUGUACCACGAAGAGAAGAUUCAGACCAUGAUUGUGGACGUGCUCUUCGUCUACUGCAAGCUGCACCCUAACGCCGGUGGCUAUCGCCAGGGCAUGCACGAGCUUUUAGCUCCCGUUGUACAUGUUUUGCACGAGGACGCCGUUGACCGGCGCAGUACUACCACCGACACGCAAGUCGACGCUAUCCUACUGGACGUCUUCGAUUCGGACUAUAUCGAGCACGACGCCUUCGCUCUCUUUUCCAAAAUCAUGGAAAGGGCCCAGGUCUUUUACGAGGUCAAAGAUUCCAUCACGAGGUCCGCAUCGGCCUCGGCGUCUCGCGGGCAGGCCGAGACCUCUGCCAUUGUAGAAAAGAGCAAGUUCAUUCACGAGGAUUGCUUGGCUCGGGUCGACCCGGAAUUGGCUAGGCACCUCAAGGACGUUGAGGUCUUGCCACAGAUUUUUCUCAUUCGUUGGAUUCGCCUCCUAUUCGGCCGGGAGUUCCCUUUCGACCAACUUCUUGUUUUAUGGGAUACCAUAUUCGCGAUAGACCCGUCACUAGAAUUGAUAGACCUCAUUUGUGUCGCCAUGUUAAUAAGGAUUCGCUGGAAAUUACUCGAAGCGGAUUACUCCGUCUGUUUACAGCUUUUGCUGAAGUACCCACCGCCUGACGAGCAUCACGGGCCGCACACCUUUGUGGACGACGCCGUCUACCUGAAAAGCCACCUGGAUAGUUCAGGCGGAGCCUCACUUAUCCUAAAGUACACGGGAACACUCCCUUCUGCCGUGGCAUCUGGAAGCGGCUCCCGCCCGAGAACCCCAAGUCUUCGGAGCCAGUUGUCCCAACAGCGGCUCCGAGUUAGUCGCUCGCCACUGUCAUCUCCGGGACGAUUCAUCCAGCAGCAAGGGGGGGUGGAGGCCAUCUUCCAGGGAGCCGCCAAGAACGUGCUAGAACGUGGCGAGAAACUCGGCAUCAACCAGGCGGUUCGGGACGCUAUGGGAGAGAUCAAGCGGAAUGUGCAGAGCCUUAAUGAGAGCCGCCACUCUCCGCGGGCCGUGAGGCAGGUCCUUGCGCAAGAUUCUGUGACACGAGCCGUCGUUGCGCUAGAGAAGCGGAACAAACUGCUAGCGGGCAUGCUGGACGAUUCGAUCUCGAGUCUCAAGUCGCUGGCGACGUCCGAUCUAGAGGACAGGGCCAAGACGCGCCAACUCGUCGAUGUUGCAGCGGCGAAGCUGCAGUUUGUCAAAAUCCACCUAGAAGAUUCGACCAUCGAUGUCCCCGAUAUUGAGAGCCUCCGGGCGGCAGAGGACGAGAAGACCGACACGGUCAUGCGGGAGGCAGGUGACCAGAGGACUCAGACCAACGGAGACUCUGAGGCCGAGGCUGCAGCGGACGUUGUUUCCACUGUCGACCUUCAGGAGCGCGGAGCAGCCCUUAGGGUGCCGGCAGUCCAAACCACCACGACAACGUCACCGGGUUCUUCUAUUAUUGGUCCAAUGGAUAUUUCAGAAGAGCGGACGCCUACCACGCCGGCAGUCGAAACCACGGAUCAUGGAACCGACAAGACUGGGGACGAAACGUUGCACCGGCCUCCUCCGAUCCCUACACGGUCGACACUUGCCCAGUCUUCAUUCUCGUGGAUGUUAGAGCCAGACCAGACAGUGUCUCACCCAGGGGUAACAUCGCAGAUACCGUCCCGGUCUCCUGUUCGAUUGCAGAAGACCAUCAACAGCGCCGGACAACGGACGAAGCGGCCAGGGCACGGGAGCCGAGAACGAAACGCGUUCCUCUUUGGUGAGGUGACGGCCGAGUCAGAUGGGGCCAGCGAGCCAUCUACCAACGACAUGUUUGGAAUGGAAACCAUCGCAGGGAAGCAGAAGAACAAGGACUAUGGGUUGUGGUGAGCAGGUGUAUAUGACUAACUAGGUGCGAGUUUGUCCGAGAUUGGUCUCGGUACUAAACUAGACUUUACGAUAGAACUAUGACGGCGACGAUAAUACGAUGACGAAGUUUCAAGAACCAAAGCUCUUAGGAGCCAAACAAAUGUUACGACUUUGGUUUCGGAGCUCCCUUAUUCCUAUCCCAGCGGACGGACUAUGGAGA